CCUCCCGUUCGUCCAGACGCCGGCGUGCGGCCCAGAUCCACCGGCGCACGUCAGUACGUCACGUCGUCGCCGCGCGGGACUGGAUCAGGGGAAAUAGUAGUAGCACUCCGGCUUCCGGGGGGAUCUAGCCAGCGCCAGCGCGCGCCCACGACCGAGUACACGACACGACAGGUGUUGGUGGGGUGGCCCGGCCGAGUACUACCUUUCCCCCUCCGCUUCGCUAGCUCUGCUCUCGGUUGCCGCCGCCACGCGCCCGCCCGCUCAACCGCCGCUCGUCGCCCCUAGUCGCCACAGCCGGCCGCUCACCCGCCGGGACGAGCCCGUCCGGCCGCGAGCUGCCCCGACCCGACCCGGCCCGGCCCGGCGCCUCUGCCGUGUAGCUCUCCUCCUCGGCCCUUGGUGUGACGGGAUAACCAUAAAUUUGGGUGGAAUUCACAGUGUACCUGCACGCUGCACGCCAUGUCGGCGAGGCGGCAUUUCGCUGUGUUCACCACAGCGAGCCUUCCAUGGAUGACGGGGACUUCCAUCAAUCCAUUGUUCCGGGCAGCUUACCUUGCGAAGGAUGGGAGCAGAGACGCCACCUUGGUGAUCCCCUGGCUUUCUCUAAGGGACCAAGAGUUGGUUUACCCUACCAAGAUUGUGUUCGAUUCGCCGUUGGAGCAAGAGGGUUAUGUUCGUCGCUGGAUUGAGGAGAGGGUCGACUUCAGGCCAUCAUUCAGCAUCAACUUCUACCCUGCUAAGUUUUCUAAAGAAAUGAGAAGCAUUCUACCUGUUGGGGAUAUCACAGAAUGCAUUCCAGAUGAAAUGGCCGAUAUUGCUGUUCUAGAGGAGCCCGAGCAUCUAAAUUGGUACCACCAUGGGCGAAGAUGGAAAAAUAAGUUCAGACAAGUGAUAGGUGUGAUCCACACAAACUAUCUAGCAUAUGUGAGAAGAGAAAAGAAUGGACAAGUGAUUGCCUGUUGCCUCAGAUAUGCAAACACUUGGGUUACCCGAAUUUAUUGCCACAAGAUAAUCAGACUAUCAGGUGCCACUCAAGAUUUACCCAAAUCUGUUGUAUGCAAUGUCCAUGGUGUGAAUCCAAAAUUUCUUGAAGUUGGCAGGCUAAAAUUGAAGCAGCUGCAGAAUGGAGAGGCAGCCUUCACAAAAGGGGCCUACUACAUUGGGAAGAUGGUGUGGAGUAAGGGUUAUAGGGAGCUUCUUGACCUUCUGUCCAAAUAUCAGAGCAGGUUAAGUGAUCUUGAAGUAGAUUUAUAUGGUAGUGGAGAAGAUUCAGAUGAAAUCCGAGAAUCUGCAGAGCGCUUAAGUUUGGCUGUAAAUGUUCACCCUGGUCGUGAUCAUGCAGAUCCAUUAUUCCAUGACUAUAAAGUGUUCAUCAACCCCAGCACAACAGAUGUGGUCUGCACGACCUCAGCUGAGGCCCUUGCAAUGGGAAAAAUUGUUAUAUGUGCCAAUCACCCUUCAAAUGAGUUCUUCAAGCAGUUCCCCAACUGCCGUAUCUACAACAACGAUGAAGAGUUUGUACAAGUCACACUGAAUGCUCUAGCAGAGCAGCCUACUCCAUUAACAGAUAUGCAGAUGUAUGACUUGUCGUGGGAGGCAGCAACCGACAGAUUCAUGGAGGCUGCUGAGAUUAACCUUCCUACAGCAGAGCCAAGAAUCCAGCAAGCAUCCAAGACAUACUUCCCCACUUUUCUAAGGACUCGUAAACUGAAGCAAAGUUUGGAGGAUGCAUCAGUAUACCUGCACCAAGCACUCUCAGGGCUGGAGGUCACCCGUUGCGCCUUUGGUGCUGUUCCAAAGACGCUGCAACCCGAUGAGCAGCUGCGCAAAGAUCUUGGCUUGGCUUCUCCCCCAAAGAGAAAAAAGCAGAAACAAAAGCUGAUGACGUGACACUGCAAGUUCGGCCCCGAGCUCCUAGUUGAAUUGCAUAUUUGCCAUGCGUGUACAUUGUUCAAAAAUAUGGAUGAGUUAGUGGUUUUUGUUUCAUUAAUAUCGACUCCGACGGCUGUGUGCAAGGUAGGGUACAAUGUAAUGUAGAUUGGGUGUUUUUGUGUGAGGGGGAAAUAGUCUGCCGAGAGUGUUGUAAUUCUGGCAUCGGCGUGCGCUUUUCUUCGGUUCUGUGUGAGGUUUGUUGUUUGGCACAUUUUUGUCAUCCUCCAUGUACAUUAUUCCACGACCUGGAAGAGUUGGUGGCGCCUUUUCCAAUUUUUAUUUACUUGGA